AUGCCAUCAGAACCAGGAACCAAGACAGAUCCAUCUACCUUUUUAAGUGAUAUCAUUGGUAAACAAGUGGUGGUCAAGUUAUCAAAUGCAAUCGAAUACACAGGCGACUUACAAACCAUUGACGGGUAUAUGAAUGUUGUUUUAGAGAAUGGGAAGGAAUAUGUGAAUGGAAAUAAAUGCAGAGAUUAUGGAGAUGUGUUUAUUAGAGGCAAUAAUGCACUCAAGAUGUCGUCAUUUGUUAUUAGAAGACAAUUGUCUACUUUGAUCCCUCCUAAGAUUGCUUCUGUCAAGAACAUUGGAUCCAACCCCAACGCCAAAAAGAUGGCUGAUGUUGUUGCUUUCUACAAGCAAUUACCAAGUGGACCAGCCCCAGCUGCCAAGGCAUCGUCCAACCCAUUCUCCAAAUACAAGGCUGCGUACUUUGAUGGUGACAACGCCAGUGGUAAGCCAUUGGUUCAUUUAGCUGUUGCUGUCAUUACUUUGGGAUACAUUUGGGAAUACAACUCUCAUUUGAAGCACCACAAGGACCACUAA